CUUCAAUAUGUAUAAACCACUUCCUCAAGAAACUCAUCUACCCUGCGCCGGAACAAACCAUUAAUUUGUGUUGGUUCCUUUAAUUUGUGAUUGCCCUUAUCUUCUUAACGUUAAAGUGAAGAUGGAUGGCAAAGAGCGGGAAGAGAAACAACCGGGCGGAGAGGACGCCGCCGAGAAGAAGAAGAAGGGGUUUGUGAUCAAGAUUCCCUCGUACCAGGAUGUCCUUGAAGCCUCUCAGUCCAAAACGGCACCGUCUUCUCUCUUCCACCCCAGUAGCUCAUUCUCUCAAGCCUUCAGUUUUGUCAAGGAUUCCGAGUUCUACUCUCCGCCUUCCUCACAUGCUCCUCCCGUCUCACAAACCGUUGCCUCGAGGAUACCUAGUGAAUCAGAAGCUCCAUCUUCAUCAGAAACGCGGCCAUCAUCUUUAUCUGCUGCAGCUCCACCCCCUCGAAAUGCCAUACUUGUUAGCCAUAGGCAGAAGGGAAAUCCUGUGCUGAAACAUAUUCGGAAUGUUAGAUGGACGUUUGCAGAUGUCGUUUGUGACUACCUACUGGGGCAGAAUGCUUGUGCCCUAUAUCUUAGCCUUCGAUAUCAUCUGCUUCAUCCAGACUAUUUGUUUUUUCGGAUAAGGGAGUUGCAGAAGAACGUCAGGCUUCGUAUUGUUUUGUGCCAUGUUGAUGUUGAAGAUGUUGUUAAACCUUUACAUGAAGUUACAAGGACAGCCCUACUCCAUGAUUGCACCCUUUUAUGUGCUUGGAGUUCGGAAGAAUGUGCACGUUACUUGGAGACAAUCAAAGUUUAUGAAAACAAGCCUGCUGAUUUAAUUCAAGGCCAAAUGGAUACUGACUUUCUAUCUCGGCUAAAUCAUGCUCUCACAUCAAUUCGGCAUGUCAACAAGACAGAUGUUGUCACCCUUGGCUCUACAUUUGGGUCUCUUUCUCACAUCAUGGAUGCGUCCAUGGAAGAUCUUGCUCGUUGUCCUGGCAUAGGAGAGCGCAAGGUAAAACGCCUAUAUGAUACUUUCCAUGAACCCUUCCAGCGUGAAGUGUCUAAACAUGCAGUUCCUGAAGUGGCUGCUAAUGAAAAUACGGGGCCAAGCUCUGUCACUCAAGGGGACAAAGACGAGAUAGAAGUAGAAGAUGUGAAGAUGCACAGAAACAAGGAACCUGACAUAACAAUCAAGACGGCACUCUCAGCUGCCUUUGCCAAAUAUUCUCAUAGAAAAAAGAAUAAAUCACAACAGAAAGAUGCUGAAGGGUUGAACACCUCCACCCCAGAAGCAAACAGCAAAGGUAAUAAUGAUGAAUGAGCCUGAUGGAGUUUGUCAACCAUUCAAAGUAGACCAACCAAUUCCAAGAAGCUUCAAGGGGGGAUUGUCCACAGACCGCAAGCGGUCACCAGAUUAUAACGUAUUUCGUAUGUCGACUAGUACACUGAAAUGUGGGACCUUAAAAUGUAAAUUUAAAAAAGAAAUUGGGAUGUGAUUAGCUGAACACACUUGGCAAUUAGCAUCAUCAUAGAUUUAUUUUGGCCAAAUCCUCCCGACGACCUCACCCAUAUAGUAGCCUUCCCAUUCCAAGUAUCCAAAAGUGCUAUCUCCUUGAAGCCUUCCAAGAGGCUGCAUGCCAAUUUCAAAUCCAGUUAACUUCGAACAAGAAGCUGCAUGUGCCUACUAAAUACUAAUA